CGCCCGGCAAGCAUCCCCGCGCCCCGGCCCGCGCCGCCAACGCCGCGUCUGGGGCUGCGGGCUCCGGAGGCCGUCGGACGCCACCAUGCCGGUCUCCCCGGUCAGCAGCCGCAGUCGGCCGACCCUCGGGCAGACUAUUACCUCACAGCCGAAGUCCAUUAGCUUUCCUGGUAAGGUAAAGGCAACGCAAACAAGAGGAUAUUUUGGUGCAAACCAAAGCAGAAUGGCUGUUUCAAGAACUGCGAUGAUUCUACCUGACAUGAAAUCAGCAGAAAAACUGAAUAGUCCCACCUCAAGGACAGUCACACAGGUGUUUGAUGCAAAUGGAGUUGAUGUUACUCCCCGACCCCUUUACCGUUCAGAUACACAUGUUGGUACAGCAAAGCCAAGUAAACUACUGACGUCACAAGAAGGAUCACGUGGGUCCGACUAUAUAUCUUCCUAUAGCUUUUAUCAGAAUACGCUAAAUCCCAGUAUGUUAGGGCAGUUUACAAGGUCGGUUUUAGGCAGCAGCACAGUUUCUAAGUCCAGUGUAUCGACUACUGAAUCGAUAACAGAAGACCUAGAAGAGCCAUCCUACAAACGGGAAAGAUUGGCUAGUUUUACAGAUUUACGAGUUUUGAGGACAAUACCUGGGAAAAUUUUAAAAGAAGACCUGGAGAAGACUAUAGAGAUAAUACUCACAGAGACAGAAACACUGAGACUUUUUGACCUACCAACAGUCAUGCUCUCUGUGGAAUCUGAGGAAGCUGAGAAAGUAAGCCAGAGAAACAAGAAUUAUGAGAUCCUUUGUAGAAAUAGAUUAGGCAAUGACUUAUAUGUUGAAAGGAUGAUGCAGACUAUUAACGGAGCACCAAAGAAUAAAGAUGUUCAAUGUGACAGAAUCAUAAAGGAAGACAAAGGCAUAAUGUCCACCGCUUGGGAUUUGUAUGACUCUUUGAAUGCCUUGGAGCUCUCCUCUCUACCCGCGAAAUGGCCUGCAGCUGAUUCACGUAGUAGAACAAACGUGGCUGCUAAACCUCGGGAGCAAAGAGCGCCAGGGAGCACUACCGAAAAAAAUAGUGAGGCUAGUUCACUAAUGGACAUAGAAAACGUGAUUCUAGCUAGAAUUCAUGAUGAUGAAGAAGACCGCUCAGAGGCAAUCCUGAAAUCUGACAAGUUUCACCAGGACCUAUUUUUUAUGGAACGAGUUCUAAUGGAAAAUAUAUUUCAGCCCAAACUGGCAGCUUAUCGUCAGCUUCCUGUUUUAAAAGAACCAGAACCUGAAGAGCCUAAAGAAUUUUUACAAGGUAAAAAAGUUGAAGAGGUAGAGGAAGAGGUUAAGAAGGAAGAGGAAGAAGAAAUAGAAAUAAGUACAGAACAGUCAACAAUACCAGCCAAUUUGGAACGACUUUGGUCCUUCUCCUGUGACUUAACCAAAGGCCUUAAUGUGAGCAGCCUUGCCUGGAAUAAAAUAAAUUCGGACCUUUUGGUUGUUGGCUAUGGGCACUUUGGAUUUAAAGAGCAAAAAAGAGGAUUGGCUUGCUGCUGGUCAAUAAAGAAUCCUACGUGGCCAGAACGUAUUUAUCAGAGUCCAUAUGGAGUCACUGCUGUGGAUUUUUCAAUUGGAUCACCCAACCUUUUAGCAGUUGGCUAUCACAAUGGCACCAUUGCAAUUUAUAAUGUGCAGAGCAACAGCAACGUUCCAGUUCUGGAUAGCAGUGAAUCCCCUCAGAAGCAUUUGGGACCUGUAUGGCAGCUACAGUGGAUAGAGCAAGAUCGAGGCACAACAGGUGACGACAAAAGAGAAAUACUAGUUUCUAUAUCAGCGGAUGGAAGAAUCUCCAAAUGGGUUAUCCGGAAAGGACUGGACUGUCAUGAUUUGAUGCGUUUGAAGCGAACUGCUGCUAGCAGCAACAAAAAAGGAGGGGAAAAAGAAAAGAAAGGUGAAGCUUUGAUAUCUCGACAGGCUCCUGGAAUGUGCUUUGCUUUUCACCCCAAGGACACAAAUAUUUAUUUGGCUGGCACUGAAGAAGGUCAUAUUCACAAAUGUUCUUGUUCGUAUAACGAACAAUACCUGGAUACCUACAGAGGACAUAAGGGUCCAGUGUAUAGAAUAGCAUGGAACCCGUUUUGUCAUGACGUGUUCUUAAGCUGCUCUGCAGACUGGGGUGUUGCUAUAUGGCAACAGGAGACUCUCAAGCCAUUUUUGAGUUUUUAUCCAACUACUUAUGUUGUUUAUGAUGUUGCCUGGUCUCCGAAAUCAUCCUAUAUAUUUGCAGCUGCAAACGAGAGCAGAGUGGAGAUUUGGGACCUCUACAUCAGCACUUUGGACCCUCUGAUUGUGAAUGUUGCUAAUCCUGGAAUCAAGUUCACAACUGUUCUAUUUGCCAAACAAACAGAUUGCCUUCUAGUGGGAGACAGUGAUGGGCAGGUUGCUGUGUAUGAACUAAGAAAUAUGCCUACUGCUUUGGAUUCUGGUCGGGGAGACAUAAUAGAUACUUUGCUUGGACCCAAACCACACCAACCAGGAUAAUUCAUCAUUACCCAUAUCUUUUGUUGUUGUUUAAAGAAAAAGGAACAGUGUUUAACAUUCAUAGUCCAAUUUGCAGUAAGCUGGGGUUUUUAUUUUAGAAAACAAUAUUUGAUAUAUAACUUCCAUUUAAAUUUAAUAUAAAGUUAAUAAACUUUUACUUCAGAGAUA